AUGAAUGUUUGUGGUGCUCGGGAGUACAAUUUUCCGGCGAAGGGUGUUCGGUUGAACACCCUUCUGCUAGUGUUGCUCCGCCCCCGUGUGGUUGGGGUAUACACUCCAAGGAAAGACAAUGCGCCAUUACUACAGUGUACACAACAUAUGUGUCCUGUUAGAAUCCAUUGGCAUGUGAAGCUAAACUACAAGGAGUACUGGAGACUCAAGAUUACUGUUACCAACUUCAAUUACAGUGUCAAUUACACACAGUGGACUCUUGUUGCUCCGCAUCCAAAUCUUAAUAAUGUAACUCAAGUUUUUAGCUUCGAUUACAAGCCUCUCUUUCUGUAUCAGUUGAUAAAUGACACAAGAAUGUUUUAUGGUGUGAAGUUCUACAAUGACUUACUUAUGGAAGCAGAGGCAACUGGAAAUGUUCAAUCAGAAGUGCUUCUCCAGAAAGAUAAAGGCACUUUUACCCUUAAACAAGGAUGGGCAUUUCCUCGGAAAGUAUACUUCAAUGGCGACGAAUGCAUUCCACCACAACCAGAUACUUAUCCAUACUUACCCAACUUCGCCCACCAGAAUCUGGUCGCCUUUUCGACAUUGUUUUGUACUAUGCUUUUGAUUUUACUUGUUUUGUUUUGA